AUGGAGGAGGAGGAAGAGGGAGGGGAUGCCAAUGACUUCUUCCUCCCUCCUGUCUGAUCGCACAGCCGGGCUUCCUCCUCCUCCGCCUGUCACACUAUCUCCACCGUAACAACUGCCAUGAUUUCCUGGCCGCGAGUCUUCUUGUUCGGAGAUUCAAUCACUCAGUUUGCCUUUGAGGCGAAUGGAUGGGGAGCCACCCUGGCUAAUAAACUUGUGAGGAAGUGUGACGUCCUCAACCGCGGUCUGUCCGGCUACAACACCAGAUGGGCAAAGCUCAUACUUCCGAAGCUGAUCACCAAGUGCUCCGAUUCCGAACCGCCUGCCGCAGUCACCAUCUUCUUUGGUGCCAAUGACGGCUCCCUGAAAGAGGAGAACCCUCAGCAGCACGUUCCUCUGGACGAGUACACAGACAAUCUGAGGACGAUGAUCCGUUAUCUGCAGUCAGUGGACAUCACAGCCGACAGAAUCAUCCUGAUCACCCCGCCGCCCAUCCACGAGCCCUCCUGGGAGAAGCAGUGCUUUAUGAAAGGAUAUAAACUGAAUCGGCUGAACUCCAUAGCCGGGGAAUACGCCAAAGCCUGCGUUCAUGUUGGCCAAGAAUGCGGCACGGAGGUUCUGGAUCUGUGGACGCUAAUGCAGGAUGGGGGUCAGGACUGCACAGUGUACCUGUCAGAUGGGCUUCACUUAUCAGACAAAGGGAACGAGUUCCUGGAGUCCAGAUUGUGGCCAAUCCUGGAGAAGAAGCUCGGCGCUCUCCCCUUCAUUUUACCUUAUUGGAUGGAUGUGGACAAUAAGAACCCCGAACCCUCAUUGUUCCACAACAGCACAGAGAAGAAAGAGCAAAGCUGAACGGAUAUCCAUGCCACCCAGCGCUCCGCU